AUGGUCAAUAAAUUCAAGAAAAUUAAUGGUUUUAAAGAUGAUGAAGAACUUAGAGAUGAAAAUGUUGAGUUUUAGCAUGUUUUAUUGUAUAUGGAUGAGACUAGAUAUUAGUUAUUUCAUAAAGAUUAAUUAACUUGCUUUGUUAAGUUAGAAAAAGAGAAUGGGAAAGUUGAAAUUUUUCCAAGUAUUGAUGAUUGGUUUAAUGAAAUAUGUUUGGUUCAUAAAAAAAUAUUAGAUUCAUUGAAUUAAAUUACUUGCUUGAAAACUAAUAAAAUAGGAAAUGCUAGAGAAAAUGGAAAAUUGAAGCUUUUUGAUAGUGAAAAAGAUGAACUUUUGGUGGAAAAUAAUUAAGAUUUAAAUUUUUAUAUUAAUUAGGCUUUUGUUAUUAUUAAAGUUUUUUUAAAAAAAUAAAAAGAUUUAGAUUUCUUAAUGGAUUUAACAAGAGAUUCUAUAACUAAAAAAAUGGAAAAGAAAAAUAAUUUUAAAAACUUUGAAAAAUGGUUAUAAAAAAUAAAAGGUGCAAAAUAAAAUAUAGAAACAUGGCUUUUCUAAGAUAAAUUAUGGCUAGGAAUAUUCCAAAUUGAAGUUUUUGAUUUUAAAUAACAUUGCGAAAAUAAAAUAUCUUUAUGCACAGCGGCUAUAUAUAAAGUAUUAAUAAAUAAAAUUAAUAGCGAAAACGAGAAAAUUGAAAACGAAAUAUUAGAAAUAAUGCGCAAAUUUAAAAAUCUCCCAAAAAACAUUGAAGAAUUACAUGAUUUGAGGAUAUAUUGCAAUAUAACUUUAGGCGAAAUACUAGAUAAUAUAUAGGCUAGAAUAUCCGAAAUAAUGGACAAAAUGAAUCUUUUGGAAGAAAUGCAUUAUAAAAUCAGUUAUGAAGAUUUUUCUAAGUCUUGGAGUAUAUACGGUAUGCCUUUAAAGUUAAGAAAAAAGAAGGAAAAAUGUUUAAAAAUAUUGGAAAGUUUAGAAAAAGAAUUUUGGGAAGGAUUAAUUAUUAAUUAAUAGGAUAUGUCCAUAGAAAUAAGAAAUGUUUAAAUAGAAUUAGAUUAUAUGAUGAAGGAAACAGAUGUUGAUUAAACUGAUGAUAUAUCAUAUAAAUUUUAUUAAUUAGGUGUAAAAAUAGAUAAUGCAUUAAGAGAUGCUGAUGUAAUUAAUAAAAGGGAAGGCAUAUUGAAAUUAAAAUUAACAGAUUAUAGUGAAUUAGAAAAAUUGUCGAAAUAAUUUGCUCCUUAUAAUAGAGUAUGGUAACUUUCGAAAGAUUACUCAUUUAAAAUUCCGAAUAUAGAAGAGGGUCCGCUUAAUUAAGUGGAUAAAGAUUUAGUUACAAAUGACAUAAUUGAUAGUUGGAAUGAAUUAAUCAAACUAGAAAAGACUGCUUUUAAAAAUAAUACCGAUAUGAAAAUUGUAACAUAGAAGGUGAGGUAAAAAUAUGAAAGUUUUAAACCAAAAUUACCUAUUAUUAAUGAUUUGAGGAAUCCCGCGUUUAUGAAAAGACAUUGGGCGAAAAUUAAUACUAUUAUAGAUGAAUAUAAUGAGAAAUGUGAAGAUUAAUAGAAGCUUAUUUUGAAAAAAUUCGAAGAUGAUUAAUAAUUGACUUUAAAGACUUUAUUCGAAAACAAUAUUAUGGAAAUAAAGGAGGAAAUAAGGGAAAUUUCUGAAAUUGCAUCUAAAGAGAAAGGGUUUGAGAAAAUUUUGUAAAAAAUGAAAACUGAAUGGAAGCCUAUUAAACUUGAGUUUGCUUAAUUUAGAAAUACUGAUACUUUUAUCCUUAAAGGAAUUGAACAUAUAAUGGAUAAAUUAGAUGAGGAUAUAGCUAAAACAUUAAGUAUAGCUUCUUCUCCUUUUAUUAAAUUUUUGGAAAAUGAGGUUAUUUAUUGGAGGAAUACACUUUUUAGAUUAUAAGAAACAGUUGAAGCCUGGUGUAAAGUUUAAAAACUUUGGUCCUAUUUAUAACCAAUAUUUUAUUCCGAAGAUAUUAUUGCGGCUAUGUAAAAGGAAGGAUAAAAAUAUUCUAAUGUGGAUAAAAAUUGGAGAAGUAUUAUGCAAACUUCAUAGAUAAAUCCUAGUGUUAUGGAAGCCUGUUUUUAAAAUAGAUUAAAAGAAAGUUUCUUACAUAUGAUAGAAUAAUUAGAAUAAGUAAUUAAAGGCCUAAAUGAAUAUUUGAAUAAAAAAAGGGCAGCUUUCCCUCGUUUUUAUUUCCUUUCAAAUGAUGAACUUCUUUCUAUUUUAGCUUAAACACGAGAACCGAGAGCUGUUUAAAGACAUUUACCUAAAUGUUUCGAAGGAAUUGAAUACUUAACAUUUUAAGAAGGCACAUCAAAAAUAACUCAUAUGAAUUCCAUAGAAGACGAGCAUAUAUAAUUAAGUAAAGAAAUAAAUCCUUUAGAUUAGCAAGGUAAUCCUCGUGGAGUUGAAGAAUGGCUAUUUGAAAUCGAAAAAUGUAUGAAAAGUACACUUCAGGAAUAAUUUGUGGCUACAAUAAGUGACUUCAAGUAAACUGAAAGAAAAAAAUGGUUACUAAAAUGGCCUGCUUAAUUAAUAGUGGGUGCAGAUUAGACUAUAUGGACAUCAAAUGUGACUGAAGCAAUACUAAAUACCCAAAAUGAUAUAAAUUCAUUACGAAAUUACUAUAAUAAAUUAAAUGGAUUAUUAUUAGAAAUCGUAGAAUUAGUAAGGGGAGAUGUCAGUAAAGUAAAUAGAAUAACUUUGGGAGUUUUAGUAGUUAUAGAAGUGCAUGCUAAAGAUGUUGUAAAGGAAAUUAUUGAAUAAUAAGUUAAAGAUCCUAAUGAUUUCGAGUGGUUGGCUUAAAUGAGAUAUUAUUAUGAAAAAGAUUUAGAAGUCAAGAUGGUUAAUACGAUUAGAAAAUAUGGAUUUGAAUAUUUGGGAAAUUAAGGAAGACUUGUAAUUACUCCAUUAACUGAUAGAUGUUAUAGAACUCUAAUGUCAGCUUUAUAAUAAAAUCUAGGAGGAGCACCUGAGGGGCCCGCAGGUACAGGAAAAACGGAAACAACGAAAGAUUUGGCAAAGGCAAUAGCUAAACAUUGUGUUGUUUUCAAUUGUUCAGAUGCUUUAGAUUAUAUGGCUAUGGCUAAAUUUUUCAAAGGUCUUUGUGCGUGUGGGAGUUGGGCGUGCUUUGAUGAAUUUAAUAGAAUUGAAUUGGAGGUUUUGUCGGUUAUUGCUUCCUAGAUAUUAACUAUUUAGACUGCUAUUUUUAAAUAGAGUUCUUCUAAAUUCCCUUCUGCCACUUUUUAAUUCGAUGGUGUAUUAAUUCCUUUAGAUUCUUCUUGUGCUGUAUUUAUUACUAUGAAUCCUGGAUAUUAAGGAAGAAGUGAAUUACCUGAUAAUUUGAAAGCAUUGUUUAGACCUGUAGCUAUGAUGAUCCCUAAUUAUGCAAUGAUUACUGAAAUUUCUUUAUAUUCUUAUGGAUUUGUAGAUGCCAGAAAUCUUUCCAUUAAAAUAACCUGUGCACUAAAAUUGGCUAGUGAGUAAUUAUCAACUUAAAGCCAUUACGAUUUCGGAAUGAGAGCUGUAAAAGCUAUUAUUAUAGCAGCUGGAAGUCUAAAAAGAAAUUUUCCAGACACGCAUGAAAGUUUACUUAUACUAAGGGCCAUAAGUGAUUGUAAUUUACCUAAAUUCACAUUUAAAGAUGUGCCUUUAUUUCAUGCUAUUUUAUCUGAUUUAUUCCCUAAUGUUAAUCCUGAGUAACCGAAUUAUGGAGAAUUAGAUAUUGCAAUAAUGGAAGAGAUGAAAAAUAAUAAUUUUGUCCUUAAUGAUAAUUUCCAUAGGAAAAUUAUUGAACUUUAUGAAACUAUUCAAGUAAGACAUGGUUUAAUGGUUGUUGGAAGUACAAAUUCAGGAAAAUCAACAAUUUUAAAUACUUUGGCAAAUGCAAUUGAAAAAAAGAAUUAAAAAUAAGCAAUUUAAACAUUAGGCUUACAGGAAAGUGUUGAAUAAAUAAUUUCUGAAGAUGAAGAUUAAUAAGAAUAAAUAUCUUAAGAAUUAUCAUAGAUAAUUUAACCUAUAAAAAAGUAGUCUUUUUUAGGACAGAGAAAAUCAAUUUAAAAUUCUAGGGCUUCUUAAUUAUUAAAAAGUAAUUCAAGGAAACAUUCGUUAUUAUAAUCAUUAACUAAGAUAAAUAUAUAAAAAGAAAAAGAGAUUUAAUUAGAUUAUUAAAAAGUUCAUUUUCAUCCAAUUAAUCCUAAAGCUGUAACUAGUAAAUUACUUUACGGUGAAGUUGAAAAUACAUCAGGAGAAUGGCAUAAUGGUAUUACUGCAAUUAUUUUUAGAGAAUGUUAAGAAGUAAAAAGCAAGAAUUUACAUUGGAUUCUAUUUGAUGGACCAGUAGAUGCUUUAUGGAUAGAAAAUAUGAAUACAGUACUAGAUGAUAAUAAAAAAUUAUGUCUUUCUAAUGGAGAGACUAUUAAACUAACUGAAUAAAUGAGCAUAAUUUUUGAAGUUGAAGAUUUACUAGAAGCUUCACCUGCUACUGUUUCAAGAUGUGGAAUGGUUUAUUUAGAAUCUAAAGAUUUAGGUUGGAAACCUUUCUUUGACCCUUGGUUUUCUAAUUUAACUGAAAACUUUAAAACUUUUGAUUAUAUUGAUAUAUUUUAAAAUUUAAUUAAUUCUAUUUUAAUUGAUUGUAUAGAUUUUGUUCUUUUUUCUAAAAAUUGUUAAACAUGUAUUCCUAUUAGCGAAUAAUGGGUUGCUAUGAAUUUUUUUAGACUUUUUGAGAGUUAUUUGUAUAAAAAUAAAAAUAAAGAAUAAAUAAUAUAAGAUCUUGAAAUUGAAAAAGAAAGGGAAGAAGCUAAACUUGCUACUGCUAAAUUAGAAGGAAAAGAAUUUCCUACUGAAAUAAAAAAAAAAAAAAAUAUACCUUUAUUAGAAAAAGAUAAAGGAGAAGUUUUUUGUUUAUUUUUAAUGGCAUUAAUUUGGAGCGUAGGAGUAGUUAUAGAAAGUAUAAAUGACCGAAAAAAAUUCCACGACAAAGUACAUGGAUUAAUAAAGAAAAUAAGAGAAACUCCUGAAUUGAAAUAAAUUCCAUUAUCUUUUAUUCCAACAGAAGAAAAUAAUAUUUUCGAUAUUUAAUAUGAUAUUGAAAAAAAAUCCUGGAAUUUAUGGAAAGGAAAUACUGAAUAUAGAAUUCCUUUAGAGACUGAAUUCCAUAAUAUAUUUGUUCCUACGUCUGAUUCUAUUAGACACCAUUAUAUUUUAUAAAUGCUUACUAUUCAUUCUUUCCCAACACUGUUUUUAGGAAAAACAGGUACUGGUAAAACUAUUACUAUAAAAAAAUUUUUGAUAAAUGAUUUGCAUAAUGAAAAAUAUAUAACUUCAAUUACUGCUUUUUCUGCAAACACAAAUUGUAAUUAAGUAUAAGAUAUUCUUGAAAGUAAAUUAGAAAAAUAAAAAAGAAGAAAAGGUGUACUAGGGCCUUUAAUAGGACGCACAAAUAUUAUUUUUAUAGAUGAUUUAAAUAUGCCAAACAAAGAAACUUAUGGAGCUCAACCUCCUUUAGAAUUAAUAAGAUAAUGGUUUUGUUUUGGAGGAUGGUAUGAUAGAAAGACUUUAGAAUUUAAUAAAAUUAUUGAUAUUCAUUUUACUGCUGCUAUGGGAAUGGGUCGACCUGCACUUUCAAAUAGAAUUUUAAGACAUUUUAAUUUAGUUUAUUUAAAUGAAAUGGAAAAUAUGACUUUAAGUAUUAUGGUAGAGAAGAUUUUCGAAUGGGGAUUCAAUGAUUAUAUUGACAAAGUGAAAUUCUAAAUAAAAAACUUCAAAAACAUAAUAAUUCAAGUACAUAAAAUAAUAUCUUAAACAUUUCUUCCUUUGCCAAAAAAAUCACAUUAUAUUUUCAAUUUAAGAGAUUUAAUGAAAGUCGUUUAAGGUCUUUUGAGUGUUCCUGCAAUUUAAUAUGAAGCUACGUAAAAUAAUAGACUUAAAUUGGCCCGUUUGUGGGCUCAUGAGAGUUUUUGUAUAUAUAGUGAUAGAUUAGUAGAUAAUCUUGAUAAGGAGUAAUUUUGUAAAAUAAUCGAUGGGGUUGUUAGAGAGUAUUUAUAAAUUACUUUAGAUGAAAUAUUGUAUCCAAAAAUAGAUAAUUUGAUUGAAGAUGUAAAUAAUGAUGAAAAUAAUUAGAAUGAAAAUUAGGAAAUAACUAUAUAUAAGAAAUUUCCAGUUUUUUGUAAUUUUUUAGAAAAUAAUAGUAAAUAUCAUGAAGUAGAAGAUUGGCAGAAAAUAAGAAAUGCUGCAUAAAAACAUAUUGAAGAUUAUAAUGAAUAAAUGAAAAAAAAAAUAAACAUUAUUCUUUUCGACGAUGCGAUAAAAAUGUUAUGUAAAAUCUCCAGAAUUAUCUCCAAUUUAUUCUCACAUGGACUUCUUAUAGGACUAGGAGGUGCAGGAAGUCAUACUUUAACUAGAUUGGCCACAUUUAUGUAAGGGUAUUCAAUAUAUGAAGUAGAAGUAGAUAAAGAUUUCGGAAAAGAAAAUUGGUUAGAGUUUAUAAGGGAAAUGUUAAAGGAAAUAGUAAUUAAAGAUAAAAUAGGAAUUUUCAUAAUUUCAGAUUCUUAAAUUAUAGAUGAGAAAUUCCUUGAAGAUAUUAAUAAUUUACUUAAUAUAGGAGAAAUACCUAAUUUAUAUGCAUCUGAAGAUAAAGAAAAUAUACUUAGUGAAUUAAAAGAUUUAACUGAAAAAUAACGUCUUAAUCUCAACACAAUGUAAUUAUGGGAAUAUUUUGUGAAUAAAUGUAAAACUAAUCUCCAUAUAGUUCUCUGUUUAUCUCCAAUAGGUGAAAAAUUACGUUAAAGAUUACGUGAUUUUCCUUCAUUAGUAUCUUGUACAUCUCCUAUAUGGAUACAUCCUUGGUCCAAACAGGCUUUAUAGGAAGUAGCAAUGUAUAAAAUUCAAGAAGAUGCCGAAGAAUUAAAACUCGAUAGCUAAAUGACUCAAAGUAUAGCCGAAAUAUGCCUUCAUUUCCAUUAGACAGUUACUGAUAUAACCCAAACUUAUUUAAAUGAGACUGGAAAGCAUUACUAUGUAACCCCAAUAUCUUACAUGAAACUUUUGAGUAACUUUAAAUCACUUUAUUAGAAAAAAAUUGAUUAAAUAGUCCUUUAAAGGGAUACAUAUAAAAACGGAGUCGAAAAACUAGAUGAAUGUGCUCUUGAGGUAGGCAAAAUGAAGCUUUAAUUAGAAAAGAUAUAACCUAUAUUAGAAAAAUAGACACAAGAAACUGAAGAAAUAAUGAAAUAAGUAGAAUUAGAAACUAUAGAAGCCGAUAAAUAACGUCUUAUGGUACAAGAAGAUGAGUAAAGGACAUCUGAAAAAGCUGAAAUCGCAUAAGGAAUAAAAGAUUAAUGCAACGAAAAAUUAUCGGUUGCCGAACCUGCUUUAUAGGAAGCUUUUGAAGCUUUAAAGACUAUAAAAGUGAAUGAUUUUGUCCAAAUGAAGUCUUAUUAGAAACCCCCUGCGUAGAUUAAAAUGACUAUGGAUGCUGUGUGUAUACUUAUGAAUCAAAAGGGUAAAAAAUCUACCGAAAAGCCCGGAGAAAUAGAUUUUUGGGAUGAUGCGAGGAAAUUAUUAUCAUAUCCAAAUGAGUUUAUAAAAAAGUUAGAAAAAUUUGAAAGAGAUAACAUUCCCGAAUAAGUAAUUAAUAAAUUCGAUAAUUUUAAGAAAAAAAAUCCAUAAUUUAAACCUUCAAAUAUUGCGAAAGCUUCCUCUGCAGCUGAAGGUUUAUGUAAAUGGACUUUGGCUAUAUAUGAAUAUCAUUUCGUUUAUAAAUCUAUUUUGCCUCUUCGAUAAGAUCUAGAUAAGGCUUAAAAAAACCUAGAAUAAGCUAAUUUAGAAUUAUAGAAAAAAAGAGAAAUUCUAGCUGUUGUAGAGGCUAAAUGUUAGGCUUUAAAAGAUAAAUUUAAUAACGCGAAUAUGCAAAAGUAAAUACUUAUAGCUGAAAAACAUGAUUGUGAAGUCAAAUUAAAAAGAGCUUUACACCUUACAGACGGAUUAAGUUAGGAAAAAGUUAGAUGGUCAGAAAGUUCGGUUUAAUUGACAGAAGAAAUAAAAAAUUUAUUAGGAGAUAUUAUACUUUCAGUAGGUUUUAUUAGCUAUUUGGGAGCUUUUACAGCUGCUUAUAGAUAAAAAAUUGUCUUUGAUUUAUGGAUUCCGAAAGUUAUUUCAUAAAAUAUUGUUUGUAAUAAAAAUUUCUCGCUUAUAGAUAGAAUUGGAGAUCCGAUGUAGAUUUAAGAAUGGAUUCUACAUGGACUUCCUUUAGAUGAUGUAUCUAAAGAAAAUGCUAUUAUUAUGAAUAAUAAUGAUCAUUGGCCUUUAAUAAUUGAUCCAUAAAAUCAAGCUACUAAAUUUAUUAAAAGAAUAGAAACUAAAUCUAGUGAUAAAAACUUCAUAAGUAUAAAAGUUUCUAAAUAAAUGUAGUCUCAUAUAGAAAAUGCAAUAAAUAAAGGCAAAACAUUAAUGAUAUAAGGAGUUGGUGAGGUUUUAGACCCUAUAUUAGACUCAAUAUUGAUUAAAAACAGCAUUUUUAUGUAAGGAGGUCGUCGAAUGAUUUAAAUAGGUUAGCAACCAGUCGAAUAUAAUCCCAAUUUUAAAUUAUAUUUGAUAUGUAAUCUACCAAAUCCACAUUAUAUGCCUGAAACUUUAACAAAAAUAACUCUUUUAAACUUUACAAUAACUCCAGAAGCUAUGACUGAUUAAAUGCUAUCUAUUUUAGCUAAAGAGGAAGAUCCUAAUUUAGAAGAAGAAAAAAUCCGUUUAAUGGAAGAAAAUGCCGAGAACAAACAAAGAAUGGAAGAAAUUGAAAAAAACAUUUUAAGACUUCUAUAAAACACUCCCGGAAAUAAACUUUUAGAAAGCGAAGAACUAAUCGAAAAUUUAAAAGUUUCUAAAAAAACAUCAGAUGAAGUCUAAUUCAGAUAACAAGAAUCUAAAAGUACAGAACAAAGAAUUAUUUAUAUGAGGUAAUAAUAUGCUAUAGCAGCUUCUUUAUCUUCUGCUAUUUACUUCACAAUAUUAUAAUUAAGUAGUCUGGAUCCUAUGUAUUAAUUCUCCCUAGAAUUCUAUGUAAGAAUGUUCAAAAAGUCAAUCAAAUUAGCCGAAAAACCUCAGCCUAAAAAAAUCGAAGUCAGAGUCAAAAAUCUUAUUGAGUCUUUAAAAAAAUGUGUAUACUAUGAAAUGUAAAGGAGUAUUUUUGUAAAGCAUAAGCUUUUGUUUUCCCUUCUGUUGGCAUUUACAUGUCUUCAAGUAAAUAAUUAACUCGAUUAAGAUGAAAUGAAGUUUCUUUUAACUGGUUUAUCGAAUAAAUAAGUUAAUUUAAGUAUUUACUAGAAGCCUUAAAGUGAUUUUUUUACAGAACUUUUUUGGGAACAAAUACUUCAUUUAAAUAAUUUACCUAAUUUUAAUCAAUUGGCCUAAAAUAUAAUCGAAAAUACAAACUUAUAUAUCUAAUUUAUUGAAAAUAUUCAUAAUUAAGAAUACUAUCCGGAAUAUAUAAAAUCUAUGUCCUUUUUCUAAAGACUAGUACUUACAAGAAUCCUUAGGCCAGAUUAUUUUAUUGAGUAAGUGAGGUAGUUUAUUACUUAAGAGAUGGGAAGUUAUUAUAUUUCGAACCUUAUUAUUACUUUAAAUGAAUGCUAUUAAGAAUCCGCUGCCCAUAUUCCUUUAAUUUUUGUACUUUCGCCUGGUGAUGAUCCUUAGGAUGACCUUAAGAAAUUCGCUUAGGAAAAAGGCAAGUACAUUACCUUUGUUUCUUUGGGAAAGGGUUAAGGAGAUUUUGCUGAAUCUAAUAUUAAGGAAGCUAUGUAAGCUGGCUAAUGGUGUCUUUUAUAAAAUUGUCAUCUAGCAGUUAGUUGGUUAUCUAGAUUAGAAGAAAUAGUUGAAGAAGCAGCAUUAAAUAUGUAGAAAAAAGAUAAAGAUAGAUUAUUACACAAUGAUUUCAGAUUAUGGCUAACUUCUAUGUCUUCGGAUAGUUUCCCUAUGUAUUUGUUACAAGAAGGAGUUAAAAUGACCAAAGAUCCGCCUAAAGGUGUAAAAGCAAAUGUUUAGUAACUCUAUGCAAAUUAAAUAUCAACAAAAGAUGAAGUAAAAUAUUUCCAAGAAUGCCAAAAAAUGGAUGAAUGGCGUCGUCUUUUUAUGAGCUUGACUUUUUUCCAUUCCAUAAUAAGAGAAAGGAGAAGAUUCGGUCCUAUAGGCUGGAAUAUAUACUAUGAUUUUAACCAAUCCGAUUUCAAAAUAUCUAUGAGAUAAUUAAAACAAAUGCUAAACGAUUACGAAAAUAUACCUUUUAAAGCUCUUACAUAUUUAACUGGUGAAUGCUAUUAUGGAGGAAAAGUUACUGAUGAUUGGGAUAGAAGAAUUUUAAAAUCCCUGUUGAGCGAUUUUUAUAAUGAUAAUAUUCUUUAUGAAGACUAUAGAUUUAGUGCAGUUUAAGAAUAUUAUAUUCCAUAAUAAAACGAGCUUAUUGAUAGUUUAGAAAACGCUAUUUCUUAUAUUAAUUAGCUUCCAGAUUUAAACGAGCCUGAACUUUUUGGUUUACAUUAAAAUGCGGCAAUUUCGAGUGCUAAAUUUGAGGCUGGGUUUAUUAUUAAUUCUUUAGUUUAGGUAAAUUCAGGUAAGAAAAAAGGUUCUAAUGAAGAUGCUAAUAAGUAAAUUUUGGAAAGAGUGCAUGAAUUAUUAGAUACUCUUCCUUAAAAUUUCAAAACAAAUAUUGUAAAUGAAAAGUUUAAAAUUAAUUAUUACGAAUCUAUGAAUACAGUUCUUAUUUAGGAAGUACUUAGAUAUAAUAACCUUCUAAAUAUUAUAAGAGAGAGUCUAAAAGAUUUAAUAUAGGCAAUGUAAGGGUUUAAAGUUAUGACUAAUGUACUUGAAAAUGUAUAGGAAUGCCUACAAAAUAAUACCAUUCCAUAAAGUUGGGCAUCUAAAAGUUACCCAUCUUUAAAACCUUUGAUGAGUUAUCAUAAAGAUCUUAUUAAAAGAAUAGAAAUGUUCCAAUAAUGGAUUCAUAGUGGAACUCCGGUGGUAUUCUGGAUUAGUGGAUUCUUCUUUACUUAGAGCUUCUUUACAGGUAUAAGAUAAAAUUAUGCCAGAAAAUAAACUAUUCCAAUUGAUCUUAUUGAUUUUAGUUUCGAGGUUGUUGAUUAGGUAUAAAAACCAGAUAAAAAUCCUGAAAAAGGCUGUUAUUGUUAUGGAUUGUUUUUAGAAGGGGCUAGAUGGGAUUAUAAUAAUCAUCAUUUGGAAGAAUAAGAACCGAAAGUUAUUUAUUAGGAUAUGCCUAUUAUAUGGUUUAUACCUACAUAUGAAAAAACACAAGAAUCUAUUAACUUUAUUAAUUAUUAAUGUCCUAUGUAUAAAACUUCUGAAAGAAAAGGAACUCUUUCUACAACUGGUCAUUCAACUAAUUUUGUUAUUGCUAUUGAUUUACCUACUAAAAAAUAAGAAUCACAUUGGGUUAAAAGAGGAGUAGCCUUACUUUCAUAAUUAAAUGAUUGA